AUGGAGCUGAGGCCCUGGUUGCUCUGGGUGGUAGCAGCAGCUGGAACCCUGGUCCUGCUGACAGCUGAUGCCCAAGGCCAGAAGGUCUUCACCAACACAUGGGCUGUGCACAUCCCUGGAGGCCUGGCCGUGGCUGACAGCCUGGCACACAAGCAUGGAUUCCUGAACCUGGGCGAGAUCUUCGGUGACUAUUACCACUUCUGGCACCGAGCAGUGACAAAGCGGUCCCUGUCGCCUCACCGCCUGCGGCACAGCCGGCUGCAGAGAGAACCUCAAGUCCGAUGGCUGGAGCAGCAGGUGGCAAAGCGAAGGAUCAAACGGGACGUGUACCAGGAUCCCACGGACCCCAAGUUUCCCCAGCAGUGGUAUCUGUCCGGCAUCACCCAGCGGGACCUGAAUGUGAAGGAAGCCUGGGCGCAGGGCUAUACAGGGCAUGGCAUUGUGGUAUCCAUUCUGGAUGACGGCAUUGAGAAGAACCACCCGGAUUUGGCAGGCAACUAUGAUCCUGGAGCCAGCUUCGAUGUCAAUGACCAGGACCCUGACCCCCAACCUCGGUAUACACAAAUGAAUGACAAUAGGCAUGGCACGCGGUGUGCAGGUGAGGUAGCUGCAGUGGCCAACAAUGGAGUCUGCGGGGUAGGCGUGGCCUACAAUGCCCGCAUUGGGGGGGUACGCAUGCUGGAUGGCGAGGUGACCGACGCAGUGGAGGCACGCUCACUGGGCCUGAACCCCAACCACAUCCACAUCUAUAGCGCCAGCUGGGGCCCUGAGGAUGAUGGGAAGACAGUGGAUGGACCUGCCCGGCUCGCUGAGGAGGCCUUCUUCCGGGGGGUCAGCCAGGGCCGAGGAGGGCUGGGCUCCAUCUUUGUCUGGGCCUCGGGGAACGGGGGCCGGGAACAUGACAGCUGCAACUGCGACGGCUACACCAACAGCAUCUACACACUGUCCAUCAGCAGUGCCACCCAGCUCGGCAACGUGCCCUGGUACAGCGAGGCCUGCUCCUCCACACUGGCCACCACCUACAGCAGUGGCAACCAGAACGAGAAGCAGAUCGUGACCACUGAUUUGCGGCAGAAGUGCACAGAGUCACAUACAGGCACCUCAGCCUCAGCUCCCUUGGCAGCUGGCAUCAUUGCACUCACCUUGGAGGCGAACAAGAACCUCACUUGGCGGGACAUGCAGCACCUAGUGGUUCAGACCUCCAAGCCAGCCCACCUCAAUGCUAACGACUGGGCCACCAAUGGCGUGGGCCGAAAAGUGAGCCACUCGUAUGGCUAUGGGCUCCUGGACGCAGGUGCCAUGGUGGCCCUAGCCCAGAACUGGACCACGGUGGCCCCCCAGCGGAAGUGCGUCAUCGACAUCCUCACUGAACCCAAGGACAUUGGGAAGCGGCUAGAGGUACGCAAGACAGUGACUGCUUGCCUCGGGGAGUCCAACCACAUCACCCGGCUGGAGCAUGCCCAAGCGCGCCUCACACUGUCCUACAAUCGCCGUGGUGACCUGGCCAUCCACUUGGUCAGCCCCAUGGGGACGCGCUCCACCCUGCUGGCCGCCAGGCCACACGACUACUCCGCGGAUGGGUUUAAUGACUGGGCCUUCAUGACCACCCACUCCUGGGAUGAGAACCCAUCUGGCGAGUGGGUCCUCGAGAUUGAAAACACCAGUGAAGCCAACAACUAUGGAACGCUGACCAAGUUCAUCCUCGUGCUGUACGGCACAGCGCCCGACGGGCUUUCCUCAGCGCCUGAAAGCAGCGGCUGCAAGACUCUCACAUCCAGCCAGGCCUGUGUGGUUUGUGAGGAAGGCUUCUCCCUGCACCAGAAGAGCUGUGUCCAGCACUGCCCACCAGGCUUUACUCCCCAAGUCCUCAACACACACUAUAGCACGGAGAACGAUGUGGAGACCAUCCGAGCCAGCGUCUGCACUCCCUGCCACACCUCGUGUGCCACGUGCCAGGGGCUGACCCCCACAGACUGCCUCAGCUGCCCCAGCCAUGCCUCCUUGGACCCUGUGACAAAUACAUGCUCCCGGCAGAGCCAGAGCAGCCGGGAGUCACCGCCACAGCAGCCGCCGCCUCCACAGCCACCUGAGGAGGUGGGGACAGAGCCGCGGCGGGCAGGGCUACUGCCCUCCCACCUGCCUGAGGUGGUGGCCGGCCUCAGCUGCGCCUUCAUCGUGCUGGUCUUCGUCACUGUCUUCCUGGUCCUGCAGCUGCGCUCGGGCUUCAGCUUCCGGGGGGUGAAGGUGUACACCAUGGACCGGGGUCUCAUCUCCUACAAGGGGCUGCCUCCCGAAGCCUGGCAGGAAGAGUGCCCGUCCGACUCAGAAGAGGAUGAGGGCCGGGGCGAGAGGACCGCCUUUAUCAAAGACCAGAGCGCCCUUUGA